AUGGGCAGGACGCGCUUUUUAGCUGACAUAGUCGUUGAACAGUUCGUCAACUACAACAAGCGCCAGAUGAGCCGAAUAUACCCCAAAGGCACCCGAGUCGAUUCCUCGAACUACAUGCCCCAGGUGUUCUGGAACGCGGGCUGUCAGAUGGUGGCGCUCAAUUACCAGACGCCCGACUUGCCGAUGCAGCUCAACCAGGGAAAAUUCGAGUACAACAACAUGACCGGUUACCUACUAAAGCCCGAUUUCAUGCGCAGACCCGACAAAAACUUCGAUCCCUUCUCAGAGGGCGUCGACGGCGUCAUCACCCAAACCUGCUCCGUGCGG